AUGGAAGAAAUUGAGCAUGCAGAGGACGGGAUAGAAAGAGAAGCAGUUAGGGAGGAUUUUGCGAGGAACAUCGGUGGUUCAAGUGAAAGGCGGAGAUUCGACAAAGAGCUGAGGAAGAUGAAGACAUGUUUUGCUUCCACAGUAAUGAAGGCAGUCAAGUCGGGUCAGGGAAAGGCGACAUGUGGGUCAUGGAUCCAGCGCCGACCCGGGAAAGGAAACUUGGUAGCGCUGGGCAAGCCCGGGAACGACGGCCCUUCUUCGCCAUCUUUGAUCCAGAUUUUUCCUUUUGAUCCCAGGACAACUUCUCUACCCUCUCUCCCUCUGGCUGAUCAUGUGCUUGAUGCAAGCGAAGGCCAUCCCUUGACAAUCGCAGUGCACCCGAGCGGCGAUGAUGUCGUGUUCUCCACGAGUUCUGGCGGAUGCAAAAUCUUGGAGCUGUAUGGUCGAGAAUCGAAUCUCCAGCUGAUAGCCAGGAAGCCACCACUUCUUCAAGACAUUGGUCCUCAGCAGUGUAUUGCCUUCAGUGGCGACGGUUCCAGGCUCACGGCUGGUGGAUUGGAUGGUCGUCUCAGGAUCUUCAAGUGGCCGAGCUUCCAAGUCGUGCUGGAUGAACCGGCUGAGCGCAGCUCCUAUCGGGAUCUCGAUUUCAGCCUAGACUCAGAAUUCCUGGCCUCAACCUCGACUGAUGGUUCGGCUAGAAUAUGGAGGGCCGAAGAUGGCGUUCCCUUGGCUACCUUGGCUCGUGGUCUGGAUGAAAGAAUCGCUUGUCGGUUUUCUAGGGAUGGGGCGAGACCGUUCUUGUUCUGCACGGUUCAGAAAGGCGAUAAGGCCUCGACAGGAGUUUGGAACAUAAGCUCAUGGGACAGAAUCGGCCACAAGAGGUUGCUCGGGAAGCCAGUAUCAGCUAUGUCCGUCAGUCUGGACGGAAGAUAUCUCGCGCUGCAGGAUGGCGAUUUCUGCGUGGCUGAGCUGAAGAAGAUGGAGAUAUGCCAUUGGAGUAAGAGGCUGCACUCGGGCACCAACAUCUCGAUGCUGGAAUUUUGUCCGACUGAGCGGGUCUUGUUGAGUACUUCCAGCGAAUGCGGAGCAUUGGUGACGAAGCUUAACGUACCGGCCGAUUGGAAAGAUUGGCAACUCUAUGGAAUGCUUCUAGGAUUGUUCCUGGCGUCUGCGGCUGCAUGCUACAUAUUCUAUAAGAACUCCGAUUCAUUUUGGACUUACCCUCUCGGGAGUGAUCGACCUGCCGAGCCGGUGUGA